AUGUCACCAGAUAGGUUGCCACGGCAAGUGAUGUUUGCCGAGGUAGGUAGCGUUUGGAAAAAAAUCAAGGACAGUCAAACGAAGACCUGGCAUGAGGGUGUGAAAACAGAAGACGGUGAUGAUGAUGUUGACGACGAUAGUUACGAUGACUCGGAUGAUGAUGGUGGGAAUGAUGAGGAUGAUGAUGAUGAUGAUUCGGAUGUUGGUGUUGAAGAUGAUGAUUCGGAUUAUGAUGAUGAUGAGCAUAUUGAUGAUUCGGAUGAUGAUCAUGAUGAUGAUGAUGAUAAUGACGAUGAUAAUGCUGAUGAUUACGAUGGUGAUGCUGAUGAUGAUGACGAUGAUUAUGAUGAUGAGGUUUCGGACGAUGAUGUUUCGGAUAAUGAUGAUUCGCAGGANUGA